AGUUUAAAUAAAAAUAAUAAAUCAAUUUAAAUAAAACAGUGAGUAGCCGACAGGCCAUCUUCAUCCCACCUUCAAAAUCUCUGUACAUGUUUUUAUUUCUCUUGUCCAUAUUAUCAAAAUUUUAAACCCUCCUUUCUCUCUCACACUCACUGCCCCAUACUCUCUCUCUUUCAUUUCUUUUCUUUUUCUCUCCCAGACGUUGCAGUUGCAGAGCUUCGCCAUUGUUGUCUUGCUUCAAGCUUUUUCAGUUUCUUAUUCACACCCUUUUGAGUUUUGCUCUUCAACCAUGGCUGCUUUAGUGCUCCCGCUGCUCAUCCUGGCCGCCAUCACUGGCCGCUCAAGUGGCAACUGGUGUAUAUGCAAAGAUGGUGUAAGUGAUACAGUAUUGCAGAAGACACUGGACUAUGCAUGUGGUGCAGGCGCCGACUGUAACCCUAUCCACUUGAAGGGAUCCUGUUUUAACCCCGACACUGUUAAGGCUCAUUGCAGUUACGCCGUUAACAGUUACUUCCAAAGAAAAGGCCAAGCUCAAGGCACUUGUGAUUUUUCCGGCACUGCUACCGUUACCACCGCUGACCCCAGCUACACUGGUUGUGCUUUCCCAUCUAGUGCCAGUACCGCAGGCACCACCACAACACCAACAACUACACCGUCAUCCACCACACCCUCGUCCGUGAACCCAAUCAACAACACCCCAACAAGCACAACACCAUUUGGUUCGACAACACCUACCGGAAUAUUGGGAGGAGUUGGUAACGGCUUAGGCCCGUCCGGAACUGGGAUCAACCCAGAUUACAGUACUGAUGGAGGAUUUAGGCUGCAAUACUGCUUCUCUUCCUAUGCAACCCUCUUGAUUUCAGGAUUGAUGUUAUUGUGGGGUUAAAAGAAGUUACAAGGGAGCAUGUUUUCUGGUCAUUCAGUCUUGUUCUCUUCUAGUGUAUGGUGUUGUUGAUCUAUAAGAACAUGUUUGCUAAGGGUUUUUUUUUUGGUUAUGGAUUUUAAUCAUUUUAAAAGCAUGACUUUUAUGGGUAUGGAAUUUUGGUUAUCUAGGUUUUAUGUACAUUUAAAUGGAAAUUGUUAUUUUUAGGAGGAUUUGGCACUACAAAAUCAUCCUCUUAUCAGUAAUUGGCAGUAGUAAUUUCUCCA